AUGCCAUCUGAGAGGUGCCUGAGUGUUCAAGAAAUGUUGACAGGUCAGAGGCUUUGUCAGUCGAGCUCCCAUAAUGAUGCUGUUCUGGCAGCACUGAAUCAACAAAGAAGCGACGGCAUACUUUGCGAUAUCACCCUUAUUGCUGAAGAGCAGAAAUUCCACGCACAUAAGGCAGUCUUGGCAGCCUGUAGUGACUACUUUCGAGCAAUGUUCAGUCUCUGCAUGGUUGAAAGUGAAGCUGACGAGGUGAAUCUGCAUGGUGUCACAAGCCUAGGUUUAAAACAAGCCCUGGACUUUGCAUAUACUGGACAGAUCCUUUUGGAGCCAGGGGUGAUACAGGAUGUGUUAGCAGCUGGGAGUCAUUUGCAGCUACUGGAGCUUCUCAGUUUAUGUUCUCAUUAUCUCAUACAGGAAUUAAAUAGUUUUAAUUACUUGGACCUGUAUAAGCUUGCGGACCUCUUCAACCUCACUUUGUUGGAGAAUGCAGUGGUUGACUUCUUAAUAAAACAUCUCUCUGAGCUAUUGAAGAGUCAUCCUGAAGAAGUUCUGGCACUCCCAUACUGUCUCCUUCGAGAGGUUUUUAAAAGUGAUAGACUCACUUCACUCAGUGAAGAACAAAUCUGGCAGUUGGCUGUAAGGUGGUUGGAGCACAACUGCCACUACCAGUACAUGGAUGAGCUUCUCCAGUACGUCCGCUUUGGCCUUAUGGAUGUGGAUACACUGCAUGCUGUAGCUCUGUCUCAUCCUCUUGUUCAAGCUAGUGAAACUGCAACAGCACUUGUUAAUGAGGCCUUGGCUUACCACCAGAGCAUCUAUGCACAGCCAGUUUGGCAAACCAGAAGGACAAAACCCCGCUUCCAGUCAGACACUCUUUACAUUAUUGGUGGGAAAAAGCGUGAAAUCUGUAAAGUGAAGGAACUGCGCUACUUCAACCCUGUCGAUCAGGAGAACGUUCACAUUGCAGGGAUCGCCAACUGGAGUGAGCUUGCACCGAUGCCCAUGGGGAGAAGCCACCACUGCGUUGCCGUCAUGGGAGACUUUCUGUUUGUGGCGGGUGGGGAAGCUGAGCACUCCACGGGACGCACCUGUGCCGUGAGGACUGCCUGUCGCUAUGACCCCCGAACCAACUCCUGGGCAGAGAUAGCUCCCAUGAAGAACUGCCGGGAGCACUUUGUGCUCGGAGCAGUGGACGAAUACCUGUAUGCAGUAGGAGGCAGAAAUGAGUUGCGUCAAGUCCUACCUACUGUAGAACGCUACUGUCCCAAGAAGAACAAGUGGACCUUUGUACAGUCCUUUGACCGAUCGCUUUCGUGCCAUGCAGGAUAUGUGGUGGAUGGUCUCCUUUGGAUAUCAGGAGGAGUAACAAAUACUGCACAGUAUCAAAACAGGCUCAUGGUCUAUGAUCCCAAGCAGAACAAGUGGUUAAGCCGUAGCCCAAUGCUGCAGAGGAGAGUGUAUCACUCCAUGGCUGCUGUCCAAAGGAAACUCUAUGUGCUAGGUGGGAACGACCUGGACUACAACAAUGAUCGGAUCCUGGUUCGGCACAUUGACUCCUACAGCAUUGAUGCUGACCAGUGGACGCGUUGCAGCUUCAACAUGUUGACAGGUCAAAACGAGUCUGGAGUUGCGGUCCACAAUGGUAGAAUAUAUUUAGUUGGCGGCUAUUCAAUUUGGACAAAUGAGCCUCUGGCAUGUAUCCAGGUGCUGGAUGUCAGCAAGGAAGGGAAGGAAGAAGUUUUCUAUGGGCCCACGCUGCCGUUUGCUUCCAAUGGGAUAGCAGCAUGCUUUCUUCCAGCUCCCUGUUUCACGUGCCCCAACCUUCAGACCCUGCAAGUGCCUCACCAUAGGAUGGGCACGAUGUGAGAUGAGGAAUGUGUGCAUCAUCAACAGUGGCAUGUGGAGGGCGAAAAUCAAACCCCCUGUACAGACGGGGUCUUUGGAUCUGC